AAUCAUCAUGUUCUCUCUUAAGACCAUCGCCAUCUACUUCCUCGUCAUUUUGUCUGUUUUUGUUGUUCAUACUUCAGCUACAUGUGCUGAUGAUGAAGAUGGUCACUGCGCCGUCUUCGCUGAACUUUGCGACAAUGCUGACUUCGCCGACUACACAUCCAAAUGUGCCAAGACAUGCGGAAAGUGCUAAAGCCUAAUCGAAACUGCUCUCCUUUUGUAAUUAUUGGUAGCUCCCUUUGACGGUUGAAGCACCAUUCUUUUCCCCACUUCUCGUUUUUAGUCACCGUCAUUCUGCUAGUUUAAUUUAACUUUCAAGAAAUUAAUUCUUCAUUUAGGACUGGUCAUCCUAAAUUUGAAUUUUUAUAGUUUCUGAAAGCUACUUCUCAUUUUCAUUGUCGUCGUCAUCUUUAUCUGUGUGUCUGUCUUGUCGCCUCAAUUUGUCAAAUAACAAUUUCAUCUC